AUGGCUGGUAGGGACCACCCCGAGCGAUCGACUGACUACCGCGAUCGAUCAACCGACCGAUAUCGCGGUCUACCGCGCGACUCAACAGACGAUUUUAGGAGAAAUGGAGGAAGGGAGCCCGACAACUUCGUCCCCAGAAGUCAUACUAGUACAACAGGCAAUGCUAGUGGAAGCGAUGGUGAGAAGGGCGUCCCCGGCUUCCAAUUACUAAUGGAGCUCUUUGGCGAAAUGUCGAACACUCGCGGGGAGCUGAUGAAAGCAGAAGCCCGUCUUAGUAGAACUAAGAAGGACCACAAUAUAUCAGCCUCGAGACCGACCGAGUUUGCUUCCUUGGGCCCCCUCAAGCAUAAGGAGCUCCAGAGAGGCGAAGAAGAAAUAGCCCGGCUGCAACGAAAGCUCGUUCUGCUUUACCCCAAGCUUCAGACCGAGCUCAACUCAUACGUGAGAGCGUCGGUGAAUCCUGUUACUCAACCAGACACGCCCACAUCCAUUUGGAACCAAUCAGACCUCGAAAAACGAUUAUCGGAGCUGCACAGAUCGAUAAACACAUUAGGGGAAAGUCGCUUGCAAGCCGAGAUCACGGCGCUGCGGGAGGUCUUCGACGAAGAGAAAGAAAAGAACAAAGCUAUGGCUAAGGAACUUGAGGCUCAAAAGGAAAAAAGUCAGUCUUUGGAGGAGAAGAUCAACCAUCUCGACAGAGUGAUUCGUGCGAUAAAGCCAACGGUGGAGGUACAAGUAUCCUCAGAACUUGACAAACAAAUUAGGCCCAGGAUGACAAGCUUGGAAGACAAUCUCAACGAGGGUCUGUCGAAUAAUGUUGAGGCCACAAAGCAGCUACAAAUACUUGUAGAUGGUCACACGGAACAACUAGCCAAUCUGGCUAGUAAACGUUCAGACAACCUUGUGGCUGGCCCGAGCAGCGUAACAGUCGCUCAAACAGCGGGAUCCAGCGUAACAGCACAACUGGUUCGACUUGAGGAAGACCUUAAAAUCCGGGGACGGGAUAUUGAUUUCAUGAUGAAGAAUAAGAUGGAACCAGCAUUAUCCAAAAUUCGAGACAUUGAGAAGUCUGUGGAACAGUCUAUGCACGAUUCGAAAUUCGCGAAAUCAUUUGUUCAGGUUCAAGCUACUCACAUACAAACUCAAACCCAGCAGAAAUUAUCCAUCUUCGAAAGCACUGCUCGCGACCAGGCCAAGAAGUUGGAGGAAAACUUCUCAACCUUGGAAACCACUACUCGCGAUCAUACCAAGAAGUUGGAGGAGAACCUCUCGAUCUUAGAAAGCACCACUCGUGAUAAGGCCAAGCAGUUAGAGUAUAAAUUCUCAACCUUGAAAAGCACUGUUCAUGACCAGGCCAAGAAGUUAGAGGAAAACUUGUCCUCCUUUGAAACCACCACUCGCAAUCAGACUAAGAAGUUGGAGGAGAACUUCUCAACCCUGGAAAGCGCGGCUCGUGAUCAGGCCAACAAGCAUAGUAAUCUUAACGCUACCGUCACACGCUUGAACUCUGAACUGCAGCUGGCCUUGAAACAGCAGCAAAAACAAACCGACGAUUUGGGACAGAAACUCACCUCUGCCUCAUCCGCCUCCACAGCUCAAGCAUCGGAGCUAUCCUCUCUGCAAUCGUCCCUAAAAAAGCAGCAGAAGAAGAGCGACUCCCUAGAAAAGACUGUUGCUUCCCUCGAGACCAAGAUUGAAUAUCAGCCGCCUCAAGGUUUUGAGAAACUUGCUGCAAAAAUGCAAGAGUAUCCGCCUGCUGCCGAUCUUAAUCGCAUGCUGGCGGACUUUCCAUCAAGCAAAGAUCUCAAAAUGCUCAUCGUCGACACACCAAAGUUAAAGGAGUCUGUGUCAAAAUUGAAAGCAUGCAAGACUCCGCCUCCGCCUCCAUCACUGCCUAACCCCAAUUCUCUAAUGACCGAAGAGACGAUUACGCAGACUGUUAAUUACAAGAUUAAGCAGCUGGACAUUGCCACAAUGAAGGAGAUAAGACAGGUGUUCGAGAGCUUCGCCAAAGACAUGGACAAUCGCCAAGGUCUCACGACAAACUCAAUCACGUCAUUGAACGACCGUAUAUUAAAAGUGAACGAAGGGUUGGAGGAGAGCAAACAGCAGGCGAAAAUGGCCAAAGAGGUUGGCGAGAGCCUGCAAAAACGUUGUAACGAGCAGACCGCUGACCUUAGAAGAGAAUUGGGGGCGUUCGUUGAAAACUUCAACAACCUUCACGCUGGGACAAGAAGGGAGCUUGAAGAUGUCCAGUUUCGGAUGACCUCGGUACAUGACCGGGUGAUAAACUUGAACACUAAGAACUGGUUCGACAAUAUGGCCCAGCACAUCCAAAACUACAUGCCAAACCAUUUCGGCGGGCAACUGAACAGCCUCGAAAUAAGGGUUAGCAACCUUGAAGACCACUGCAACGGCCCGGAGAUUGCCAACAAGAGGCGCAGAAUAGCUAAUGGAAGUGGCAAUGCCCUAGCGAGGAAUGGUACUCUUUAA